AUCACUCUGAAGUAUCGACGCUGCUUCACGUGCAUGCUGCACUCAUGCAUGAGAUCCAGACCCAAGUUCAGAACCUGAACAAGACACUGAGGACUUCCUGCACCCAGACCCACCCAAGACCAGUCUCUAUGAUCAUCAAGACCCCCUCAAGACCAGCUGGCUCUCUGGGCUCUUGUCCCUCUGACUGUGCCUCUCUGAUCCAAAAUGGCGUCCAUCGCUCUGGGAUCUACUCCAUCGUUGUGGCACCGGGCGUGUCACUUCCUGUUUACUGCGACAUGGAGACUGAUGGCGGAGGUUGGACUGUCUUCCAAAGACGGCGUGAUGGCUCUGUGAGCUUUAAUCGCGGGUGGGACCAGUACCGGGUUGGGUUUGGAGAUCUCAGAACUGAGUUCUGGCUUGGGAACACACCGCUCCAUCUGCUGGUCACUCAGAGACGCUGCAGCCUGAGGAUCCACCUGCUUGACUGGGCCCACGUGCACCACCACGCUCUGUACCAGGACUUUAAGAUUGAGGAUGAGCAGAGCCGGUUCCGGCUGCAUGUGUCUGGAUUUUCUGGGUCCAUUUCGGACUCGUUCGGGUGGUACCACGAUGGGCAGGACUUUGGGACUCCGGACACUGGGGACCUUUGUGCCGAAGUCUGCCACAGCGGCUGGUGGUUCAGGCAGUGUUACCAAGCCAACCUCAACGGUGUCUACUACCAGGGUGGGCUGUACUCCCUCAGAGCCCAGAACCUUCUCAGUCCAGAUGGUCUGGUCUGGUUUUCGUGGGCGGACUCGGACUUCUACUCCUUAAAGUCCAGUUCUAUGAUGGUUCGGCCUCUGGACUUCAGAUCCCACAGGUCACCAUAG